AUGGCAGCGCACCCCGGAGGAGGCGGUCAAGGAGACACCAAGGAGGAGAUAAUAGAACUCGGAACCGUUUUGCUAAAGGAUUUCAUUUACGAGCGAGUCCGCCGGCACGGUGACAAAAAAACCGAGGUGACACGAGCCCAGUUGGGCGGAAGUGAGCUGUGCGACCCCAACCAAAAAAGGCUGGCCCGGUGCCUGCAGCAGAUCGGGGAUGAGCUGGAUGGCAACAUGGAGCUCCAGAGGAUGAUCAACUGCUCCUCGUUGAGCCCCACCAAAGAUGUGUUUGUGAAGGUGGCCGUUGAGAUCUUCGCUGAUGGAAAAUUCAACUGGGGCCGAGUGGUCGCCCUGUUUUACUUUGCCUGUCGACUCAUCAUCAAAGCACUCCUGACUAGUGUUCCAGACAUUAUCAAAACCAUCAUCGACUGGACUAUCGGCUACCUCCGUGAGAACGUUCUCAAUUGGAUCAGGGAGCAAGGAGGCUGGGAGGGUAUUCGCUCCUACUUUGGUACUCCGACAUGGCAAAUGGUAGCCGUGUUCCUGGCGGGGGUCAUCACCACCGUCAUCGUGGUUCGUAAAAUGUGA